UUUACUGUUGCACAGGAAGACGAUCAGCUGUCAACAUAAAGCUAGCGUGUACUGGAAAUCGGUUGUGUUUUUGAACUGUUAAAUAAAAUGACGUCCUUAUUUGAUCAGCUGAAACUCCUGUUUGAUCAACAGUUGUAUUCAAAUGUUGCUGCUUUGGCAAACCUUGUCAUCACUGUUAGUGAACAUAAUCAAGAAACAUUAUCACCACCAGCCAAGUUUCAAACCUAUGUGUUCUAUGGAGAUUCGCUGUUUCAUUUGGGACAGUAUCGUAAAGCUGAAAUGAUGUAUAAGAAAGCUUUACAGUUCAAAAAAUCUCUUUUGAAAUCAAAAGGCACAACAAAACUCCAGGACAAUCAGAAGGAAUUAAUGCCUGAUAUUGAUAUAAAGUACCAGAUGCAUCUUUGUCACGUUAAUCUGAAACAAAAUCACCAAGCAAUAGGUGUUUUGCAGAGUAUACCUGGUAAACAACGAAAUGCAAAAAUCAAUAUGGCUUUGGCGAAACUGUAUCAGCAAGGAGGAAUGGAGCGUUCUGCCAUAACAGCUUACAAGGAAGUUCUUAGGGAGUGUCCACUGGCCCUCGAAGCUGCAGAAGGACUGCUGAGCCUUGGAGUAAAAGGCAUUGAAGUCAAUUCACUUGUUCUUGAAGCAGCAUCGGGUGUAAGCAGCGACUGGUUAAAUUCCUGGAUAAAAGCUCACGCUCAGAUGCACAGUCGUGACUACACACAAGCUAUUGCAACAUUUCGCCAUCUGGAUGAACGAUCUGCACUUCGUGAUAAUGUUAAUCUACUAGUCACAAUGGGAGAAUGCUAUUAUUAUUGUGGAGACUUCAAAAAUGCACUUAUUGUUCUUCAGAGGGCUUAUGGAAUAGACCCGUAUAUGCAACGUGGCCUUGAAAUUUAUGCAGGGCUGCUAGCCAAGGAACGGAAGUUUAAAGAACUUGAAAAAAUAAUCUCACCAAAUAUAAAUAUAUCUGAAUAUGGCCCAGAACACUGGAUAGCAAUGGCAUACUACUUUUAUGCUUCACGGAAGAAUUCAAAGGCCAUAUAUUUUGCUCACAAAGCAUGCACUCAGAACCCACGUAAUGUCCAAGCACUUAUCCUGAAAGGUGCUAUACUUAUGGAUCUUAAGAAAUACACGGAAGCAAUUGUACAUUUUAGAGAGGCAAUGCAGUUGAGUCCUUAUCGAUAUGAACCGCAUCGAGGACUCGUUGAUUGCUAUGUACUUAUGCACAGAUUGCGAGAGGCUUUAACAAUGGCAAGCAGUGCAUGCAAGCAGCUUGGUCAAACACCGAGAGCUUUGACAUUGUAUGCAUCUGUGCUAAUGAAGGAUCCUGUUACGGUGUGCAAAGCUAAAACGUAUUUGGAAAAAGCCUUGGCACAAGAUGAGACAUACUUAUCUGCAGUGUAUUUGCUCGCUGAAAUAUAUGAACAGGAAAUGACACUGGAGGCUGCAAUUGCACUUCUUGAACGACAAGUACAGAUACAGCCAACUUGCAGGCUGCACCAAAUGCUCGGCGAUCUUCUGGCGAGAGUCCACGAAGAGGAACGAGCCCUCGAUCACUAUAGUAUAGCACUGAACCUAGAUCCAGGCAAUCGUAGAGCGUUGGAAGGACUUCACAGGAUCGACAGUAAUACAAGCAAAAUUGACAAUUCCUAUUACAUGAUGGCAGCUGGUGAAGAUGAAGGGGGUGACACUACCUAUGAGCGCAUUGCUGAUUCAGAAAAUGAAGCAGAACCUGAUGAGAGUGAGACUGAAGCUGUGUGGUCAGACAUGGAUCUUGACUUGAGCAGCCAGUGAAUAUACAUUACACUGAUUGGAGCAAUCAUGCAGAUACAGUCAGUGGAAAAGACUGAAAUUUAGAAAUGUAGAGGAGGGGGCGGGGGAUUUCGUGCACUACUUUGAAUUAUUGUUUCGAACAUGUUUUUUCUUUCCUCAACGACUUGUUACAUCAAAAAGUAAAUAGUGACUGAAACACAUGUUCAUUCAUACGCCAUGUGCUGACAGAAAUGUUGCUUUUAGUGAGAUUAAAAUGUGUUUUUAUAAUGUUCGACUGUUAUGUUGUAUGAACUGAGUGUGAGGUAUAGAGGAGAAAACUUUUUAUAUUUAUAUUGUGAUGAAAUCUAAUUCCUGAUUUGCAUGUAUAUGUCCUGUUUUUGUUAUGAU